CUUUGGACAAUAAAGGUGCAGACGUUUCAAAAGUUCUCAAAAUGGGUAGUGUGAGAAAUUAUCUCAAAAAUCAGUUCAAAGUAAAUAAAUUUUCUCUGCAGCAUGACGAAGCAGCCGAUUUCUAUCUGAGUAGUUUUCAGAACAACCUUUUAUCUUUACCUCUGUUGUGUGUAAGACUUGUUCUGUUUGCGACUUGUGUGGCUAUACUUACGAUAUCACUGCAGGGUCCAGAUAGGGGGCACUGGAUAAUAUAUCUAACAAAUUGGGGAGUCCUCAUAAUAUUAGUCACCACAGGAUUGGCGGUAGCUGUGUCUGCGAGAGCCUACUUUAAAGGACCAAUUGUGUUGAUAUUUGGAUUGCCUUGGUACUUGAAGCUUUUUUGGGCAGCAUACAAUGUCGGGAUAACAGUCGCCUUUUUGAUCACCGUAUUUUAUUAUUCAUUUCUGUACAACCUGGCUCAAGAUAACGUAGAUCCGACGAUUGACCUCUUGACCCACGGCAUAAACACGGUGGUGAUGUUCUUGCUGCUAAUCACGUCGAUGCAUCCCUCCCAUCUCUUCCACUGCGUCUACCCAAUCGCUGUUCUGCUACUCUACGCGGCCUUCAACAUCAUCUACUACUUCGCUGGUGGAGUCAGUCACACAGGUGAUCCUUAUAUAUACCCUAUGUUGGACUGGUCAAAGCCCGGUUUGGCCACCGGGGUUCUCAUUGGGUGCUUGGGUGCUGCUAUAGUACUACACAUUUUGGUAGUUCUCAUCAGCCUGCUGCGAGAUUUCCUGUCUAAGAAAUACGUGCGCGAUUACAAUACUUUAGAAAUUACCACGUAACUCACUUUACUGAUGGAGUGUGCUUCGAAUAAAGGACUACUAAUAAAGGACCCAAGCACGAACUUUGACAGCUCCGUAAUCGUAUCACAUCGUCAAAGUUUCUAUGAAAACCUAAUCAGCGCCCCUACCGGAAAAAAGAACAAACUUGCUCCUUCCAUACAAAAUUUGACGAUGACGAUACGAUUCGGACACGGAUACGGAUCUAUCAAAGAUCGAGCUAGGGCCUCUGAUUUACCCCACUUCGCUCAAUUGAAUAGUCAAUCUGCAUUUUGUACAGUUACAACUCGAAAUGAUACAUAUUUAUUUUAUGAGUGUCGUUAGAAUAAAUAUUAAUGUAUGUAGUCCGCUAGUGACAUUAUCAAAAAGUGUAUGAAAUCGAAUAAGUGGUGAGGAUAAAUAAACAGAAAUUGUUUUCGAAAGA